UACAGGUCAUGUGUCUCCUGUUCCUCCCUCAGUCCGUCUUAUUGGCAGUCACAGUGACACACCAGGACAAACCUCCUGCUGCUUUAGUCAAGAUGUCCCUGAGUUUUUGGCUCCUUGUGUUGGCUUUUAUCUCCGUGAGCUCAAGCACCAAUCCUGGAGUAAAGGUCAGGCUAACAGAAAAGGGCCUUGAAUAUGGCAGACAACUGGGCAUGGCUUCAAUCCAGCAGAAACUCAAGACCAUCAAAAUCCCAGAUAUUUCAGGGAAGCAGAGUGUCAAAGGCAUUGGCAAAGUCCAGUACAGCUUGUCAAAUAUGCAAAUUGUGAAUGUGGGUUUACCCAAGUCUGCAGUAGAUCUUGUACCGGACACCGGCAUCAGACUGUCUAUUGAUGACGCUUUCCUCACUCUGCAGGGAGACUGGAGGGUCAAGUAUUUGCGAAUAGUGAAAGACAGUGGCUCAUUUGACUUGAAUGUGAAUGGAAUCACUAUCAGCACAAGUAUUGCCAUCAAGAGUGACGAGACAGGCCGACCCACAGUCAGCAGUGUCAGCUGUGCAGCUACAGUUGCCAGCGCACACAUCAAAUUCCACCAUGGAGCCAGUUGGCUGUACAAUCUCUUCAGCAAAUUCAUUGAUAAGUCAUUGAGAAACACACUGCAGAAACAGAUGUGCCCUCUAGUGGCUGAUGCUGUAUCUGAUAUAAACCCUCAUUUGAAAACUCUCAAUGUUAUAGCCAAGGUGGACCAGUAUGCAGAGAUUGAAUAUUCCAUGGUGUCGUCACCCACAGUUUCAAACUCUUCUAUCGACUUGGGCUUGAAGGGUGAAUUUUACAACGUAGGGAAGCAUCAGGAAGCUCCGUUCUCGCCCACAGCCUUUUACCUGCCGCCCCAGGUCAACAACAUGUUGUACAUUGGCGUUUCUGCGUACACUGCCGACACUGCAGCCUUCACUUACAACAAAGCCGGAGCUCUCAGCCUGUACAUCACUGACGACAUGAUUCCACAGAGCUCUCCCAUUCGCCUCAACACCAGGACGUUUGGAACAUUCAUCCCGCAGAUCGCCAAGCUUUACCCAGGUCUGAUGAUGAAACUGCUGCUGGCGACAGACAAACCUCCGAUCAUCACCUUUGGCUCCAACAACAUGACCAUUCAAGCCAGCGGAGUAGUGACAGCAUACGCCAUCCAGCCCAACGGCACACUUUCCCCUCUCUUUGCCCUCAACGUGGCGACCAGCGUCAGUGCCAAAGUGUCCGUCAGUGGAACAAGGCUGGCUGGAGCUGUCACCCUCAACAAAAUGGAUCUGACCCUGAGGACAAGUUAUGUGGGAGAGUUUCAGGUCAGAACCCUGGACAGUGUCCUGCAAAUGGUCGUCAAAGCGGUAGUGAUACCCAAACUGAAUGUAAAACUUGCACAGGGAUACCCUCUCCCUACGAUUGGAAAGAUGAAGCUUGUGAACACCCAGGUCAAGGUCCUAAAGGACUACAUGCUGAUCGGAACAGACGUACAGUUUACUGGUUAAACUGCAUUCCUCAAAUCUCCCACAAUUCCUUUCUGCACUGGAGCAUGUCAUUAUGAAGACACUGCAACAACCGGACUGAGAAAUCUCUGACACACUGGAUGAGUAUUACUUUAAAAACUUGAGAAAUGCAAAACAAUUGCAUUAAGAUCUCACAUAUUUUAAUGAUUUUUACAUUAUUUUUUACAUAAUAAAUGUAGAUGAGAGCUGCAGACUUUUCAGCAAAGCAGUUGUUCUGUCAUACCAAGCAGCACUGUGUGAGGGUGGGGUUUUUCUUUUUGUAAACACAGUCAUCUUUUCUGUAAUAACAGGCUCCGAGCAGAGCAGAACACAGCACUUUCUGCUGCUGACAAAUUCUUUUUCAAAGUUUCUGACUCUGUAGCACAAAAGAAUUGCUGAUCAAUGAUAUUUCUUUGAAGAAUCUCCCGGAAAAAGAAAAUAAAAGCACCAAACAAGCACUCUGCUGCAAACAAGCAGGAUUCUUUUAAUUUAAAUGGUUGAAAUUCAAAAAACUUCAAAAUACUAUAGGAGUUCAGUAUGUACAUGCACAUAGUUGGUGGUGAUUGUGAAAAUAAAUAAAUAACACAUUAUAGCUGUUGUAGCCCAUCAGUGCAGUUCAGUGGGACUGGAUCAAAGUGUCUGUAAAAACACCCACAGUGUGUCUUUGUAGCCAGAGAAGAGAAAGAGGCGGGGCUAGUGAGUUUCCUGUGGCGUUACCUUUGUCAAUCAGUGGCAGCUCUCGAUCAUGGUGGUGCCACGUUCAUCGACCUCGUGCUCCGGCAGAGUCUCAUAGUUUUUCACUGUGCCCCUCAGAGAGCUGCGACUGAGAGCUUGACCUCGCAUGCUUUGGGAGUUGGCCGACAAUAUCUACAUUUAAGAGACAAAAAAACUACAUUUAAUGACAGGCUAACAUUCACAACUCUGAAAAAGACCAAAUAUAUAUAAUGCCUUAAUUGUGGAGACUGUGAUGAUUGUUGACUUGAUGAGAUCCUGUAAUAAUCUUUUCAUCCAAACCUUCUUGUUUUUUUUAUUUGAUGGUUUUAUUUUAUUAAAUGUGUGCCAAUA